AUGAAGACCUUUAGAUCGCAAUUUCAUCUCCUAGGAUGCAAUAAUCUCAUCCACCCAACUUCAGAUUCUCCCAUCAAAGCCACAUCAAACCUAAAGCAUCCCACAUAUUCAUCCAUUAUCCUGGCAAAAACAAGAAUUAUCCCAAGAAAAAGCAUAGCAUGUCCUGCAAGAAAUUCUGCUACAACCAAGCCCGCAGACAAGCCAGUAUUGCUUGAUCAAGUCAAACCUACAAAACAAGAACUCUCAGAAAAUGGGCACUCGAGGUUUCUUGUUCUGGGAGCUGUGUCUGUAGGAUUCGUGUGGUUUCUGAUGGCUAUGGAUGAUCAGAAGGCGUUGGCUUUAGGUCCUGAAGGGCCACUAAUGGAAGAGUUUUGGGAAAAUAUGAGGAGAUAUGGACUCUAUGCAAUAACAGUAAGCACAGGUGCUCUUUACACAGUCUUCCAGCCAAUAGUAGAAUUGCUGAAGAACCCCAUUACUGCAGUACUCAUUCUGGUUAUCUUUGCGGGCAGUUUCUAUGUUCUUUCUCAAGUGCUUACUGUCAUGCUUGGUAUCUCUGAAUUUAGCUAUGAUUAUUCGUAUUAG